UACACAUCAUGGCUGUAAGUGUGUCCACGGGUUUCAGUUCGUGAGUGUUCGUUCUGCAAUGGAGAUCUGGCGGGUGCUGCAUAGCGUGCGGCGUUCGUUUUGGUUGCUUCUCCUCCUGCGGUGCUGUAUCCUCCUGCCUGCUCCAUGUCACUGCGGUGACGUCACGCACGACGUCCUCCGAGUCGCGCGCGGCGUCUCCACCGGCAAGACGCGUCACGUUAAAACCGAAUCUCCGCUUUAUCCCAACGACGUUUCGAACGCGCGUCAAGAAACCGAUCAAAUCGUGCACGAAGUCACACUCGGCGUAAGACAUCACAGUGAAAUCAAACAUAGACACAUAACCGAUUUGUUGGGUAAUAGUACCCAUAGUAAAACCAAUAACCCCCCGCGGUUUGAUAAACGAAAGCAAGUGACGGUGUUAGAAGAUGCGAUUAUUGCUGAUGAAGUUCAAUUCGUGAAUCCGAAAAGUGAAGUGAAGUCUAAAGACCGCGUCGCGUCUCGCAUGACGAGAGGUGAUGAUUCGGAUGAUGAGAAUGUGCUACAUAUCGGCGGGAUUUUUCCGAUUGGCGGUGAAGGUGGCUGGCAAGGCGGUCAAGCUUGCAUGCCGGCGGCUAAUUUGGCUCUGGAGGACGUCAAUAGGCGGAAAGAUUUGCUGCCGGGGUUUAAGCUGCGGUUGCACAGCAACGAUAGCGAGACGCUUAUGUCUGAUAUAAAUUUAACCGUUGUAUACAUAACAGUCUCAGGUUCAGUGCCAUUUCAUAAAAUUGACUCUUAA